AUGGGUGAAAAUAGUGACGAGAAUAUUCAAGAUAUUGAAAGCAGAGUGAUAUCUCAUGAUGGUCUCGUCAAAGAUGAUGACGAUGCUGGUUCUGGUUGCUGUGGCUGUUGUUGCAAAUUUCAUGCUGCACCAGCCACAGCCAGGGUGCCAUCUGUCGUUAUUGAAGAAACCAUUACAGCACAGAAAGUACUCGUUCUCGAUUUAGAUGAAACGCUCGUACAUUGUUCAUUUUAUCCGCCAGAAUAUCACGAUUUAACAUUACCAAUUAUUAUUGAUGGAGUUCAAUACGAUGUAUAUGUACAAAAAAGACCAUUUCUUGAUGAAUUUUUAGCUCAAAUUAUGCCUUUAUUUUAUGUUGUUGUUUUUACAGCUUCAUUAGGUCCAUACGCUAACCCAAUUAUAGAUAAGAUCCUUCCAAACCUACCAGCUACGCAGCGUCUUUUUCGUGAAUCAUGUUCAUUUUCAAACGGAAUGUAUGUCAAAGAUCUCGAUAUGUUUAAUGCGCCUAUUAAAAAGAUUAUCAUUGUUGAUAACAACCCAUGCUCUUUUAACAGACAUCCUGCGAAUGGUAUAUUUUCGAUAACUUGGGAAGGAGAUCAAAAAGAUACUGAACUAAUGGAUAGAAUAUUGCCUAUAUUAAAGAAAUGUGUUGAUGCUGAUGAUGUUAGGAAAGUUAUAGCUGAGUAUCAACCAAAGAAACAAAACGAACCUUCUGUUUUAUCUGUUUAA